GAUAAGCUACAAAGUAAUCUGGGAUGUCAUGAGGGUGAGUAAAUGAAAAGAGAAUUUUCAUUUUUGGGUGAACUAUCAUCACUUUAAGAGGUCAAUGCUUUGUGUUAUAUCUGUUGCUUCACCAGCAGAGAGAGCACUCUUUGUAACAAUCAUUGCAAAAAGUAAAAAAAGGGUGAGAGAAAGGAAGUGCAUUUGUGUCUGUCAGUCAAAAAGAGAGCGUGAAAGAAAGAGAAGUACAAAGGGAUGGCAAAAUACAAGCUCAAAUGGAGGCAGAUGUGUGGAAGACAUCAAUUCAGUAUUUUCUUCUAUUCAUCUACAUCUCAAGUGUCACAACAUACACUUCAUAUCAGGGAGGAAGUGUUGAUAUCAGAUGCCCCUAUAAGCCAAAAUAUUUAAGUAACAUAAAGUACCUCUGCAGAGGAAAAUGCUCCACUCUGCGUAUUGUUUCAGAAAAGGAUAUACCCAUUACAUCUGGAAUGUCUGCUAGAGAUCAGAGAUUCUCUUUGAAUGUCGACACCACAGCCAAAAUCUUCACUGUCACUAUAACAGAUCUGAAACCAAACGAUGAAGGACAGUACUUGUGUGCUAUAGAGAGACCUCUAUCUGAUGUCUACACUGAGAUUCGAGUAAAUAUCAGAAAAAUGGUCCAAGUGUCUGGUAUAAAAGGAAAGGAGCUGUCCAUCACAUGUCAUUACAAACAUGAUGCCACAGAUAAUGACAAAUUCUUCUGUAAAGGAAAAGACCCAUCCUUAUGUGAGACAUCUGGGAUCAAAGUUUCAUCUGAGAAACACAAACAUGGCAGAUUUUCUCUGAGUGAUGAUAUAUCUGCAAGAGAUUUUAUUGUGACCAUCACUGAUCUGAGAGAAGAGGAUUCUGGGAUAUACUGGUGUGGAUAUGUGGUAAAGACAAUAUUUAAACAAACGCAUAACGAGUGGAUUUCAGCAAUUGAUCUAAAGAUUUCUGAAGUCACACCAGGUACAUCAACCACAUCAAAGAGGACGUCACCUCAAAUAACCACAACAGCUUCCUUUUACAUCACUAAACCAGCAUCAGCAGAUCCUGCAUCAAACAGACCUGUCACAACUGCAUCAUCAUUAUCAACUUCAUCUUCAUCAUUAUUACUUCUCCCAUCAUCAUCUUCCUCUUCUACUGAUUCAUUCUCACCCAAACCACAAUCAGGUUUUACAAGUAUCAUUAUGCUGCUGGUUAUGGUCAUGCUGUUGGUGUUUGGAUUCUUAGUGAUUGUUUACAUCAGACGGAAACAAAAGAAAAAAGAACUGCAGUUCAGAGGAGCUGUUUGUUGCUCAAUGGAGAAUCUGCCCGAUGGAGAGAUUGGAAAAACUAAAGAAGGCACUCAUCCCAUCUAUGAUUAUGAAGAGAUCCUUCUGACAAAUGAUCAUUCUGAUUACAGUUUGUUUCAUCCUGUAUUUGGUGAAGAUGAUGCCUCUGUUUAUGCUGUAGCACAAUUACCCAGCAUCACCUCUGAUAGUGUCACUUAUUCCACCAUCAAAUUACAGAAUACAGCUCAUUCAGACAGAACCUCUCCUGAUGGGCAGACAACAUGUGACUAUGCAACUGUUAAUCCAUGAAAGACUCAUCCAUGGACGGUGACAUGAGAGGAGACUAUCAGCGCCCCAUCAGGUUCAGAACGCGAUUCUUCGUUUGACAGCUCAGAGAGGCUGGAAGUGGUGAUGACGUAAUGCUGCUGUGUCAAAGUGAAAGCAAUUCACUCAUAUCUGAGA